GAGAUGCCUGCGAUCACGAGGAUGAUCACGAUGUCGAUUGCAUCGCUCAACACAAUCAACAAUCUCGGCGCUCUGUACUCCAACAAAGGCAAGAUGGCGGAGGCGGGAGAGAUGUUACUACGGGCGCUGCGUGGCAAGGAGAAGGCACGGGGCCUGGAGCACACGCCGACGCUGAAUACAAUCAACAAUCUUGGCAAUCUGUACAAGGCCCAAGGCAAGAUGGCGGAGGCGGAGAAGAUGUACUUGCGGGCGCUGCGCGGGUACGAGAAGCUGUCAUGGGUCCCGCCGGGCCGUACAGAAUCCGUGAACAGUCCCUAUCAUCGUUGCGCCAACGAUCAAACCGCCCUUACAACGAGCAAGCAAGCGGGAGCAUCUCACACGUAGACAACCACUGUGCGAUACCGUCGAAGAUGUCUGCGAAUAGAGGGGGUUAGAGUGAAUCCUGGAGCAUUCAGUAACGUCCCUCCCCGCGUUGCGAGCCACCCUGUGUAACGAGCCAGCUUUGGAGAUUUUCAUCAAUAACAUUCGGCAAUACAGACAUAUAUCUGCUUAAUCAUAUCUGAGUUAUAGAGCACAGCAACAGCAUUUCAACAACCAUUCCGCGUUGAAAUUGGGUUUGUCUUGCGAGCACCGUGGUGGACUCCGUUCACGUACAGAAUCCGCGCUCCUAUGUUAAUCGCCAUGUCUGGAUGCAAAUGCGACCAAUACGCAAAUUUUCCGAUCUCUACAGAUUGCCCAGAGUGCACUCUUUCAACGGCCU